CGGUGUAUUACAAAACAAUAUAAGGAGUUGCUCCACGCGCUCUCAGUGCUAGUAUGUUGACUCGCCUCAUAAUAGACCGCGCGCUCUCACCAGUGGCUAAUCAACUCUGAAGUCUACUUACUGUCAACUACUUAUCAUUUAAUAGCUUCAGUCGUUCUGCUACAGAUGGAAUCCCUCUGCUCUGCGGAGCUUUUCCCUACAAAAUGUAGUUUUGUUAUUUUUUUAGCUUAUAUGGGGCUUUUCAUUAAUCAAGGUAUUUUGGUGACAGCUACAAAAACCUCAAGUAAUACAUAUGCCUACAACACAAUUACUGUAGUGCUGUUUACAGAAUUACUGAAACUUUUGGCAGCCAUGCUUAUAUAUUUAAAAAAUAAUUCUUUUGUUGAUUUAUACCAUGAAAUCUCCAAGAAUAAAAAAGUUUUCCUCUUCUAUUUUGUGCCCGCGGCACUGUACAGUCUCUAUAACAAUCUUCAGUUUGUCAACCUGGUCAACUUUGAUCCCACUACAUAUUACCUUUUGUUGCAAUUUCGAGUUGUUGUAACUGGAAUAUUAUUUCAGAUUCUCUUCAACAAACGUCUUAGGUGUAUUCAAUGGGUAUCUGUCAUUCUACUCACUAUUGGAUGUCUUAUCAAAGAACUCGGUCAUGUGAAAGUUAUGACUGUAGCAUCAUCACCAGCCACUACUGUUUUGACUGCCGCAAGCACAAAUGUCAGGAAAAAUGUAAACAUGACUUCACAAUUUGGCUUUUCUAUAUUCCUCAUCAUGAUCCAAGUGUUCUCUUCCUGUUUUGCUGGUGUCUACAAUGAGUAUCUGCUGAAAGACAAAGCAUGCAAUGUGCAUAUCAUGGUGCAAAAUAUUUUCAUGUAUAUUCAGUCAAUAAUAUGCAAUGGUGCUCUGCUCAUAUUUCGAGGGGAGCUAGUCAAUUCUUUAACACUGAACAGUCUGAUGUCUGUUUUCCAGGUGAAAGUAAUGUUGAUUAUGUUAAACAAUGCGUCAAUUGGCAUUGUGGUCAGCUUGUUCUUACAUUCUCUAAACUCUAUUCUGAAAACUUUUGCGAGUGCUUUAGAACUUGUUUUCACAGCCAUUCUCUGUUGGAUCAUUUUCAACAUUCCCAUUGACAUUUAUACGUUUGGCUCUAUCUUCAUUGUUACUGCUGCUACAUUUAUGUAUGCACUAAAUCCAGUUGUUAACCGUCCAAAGAACACUAUAGAAAAAGAACUCCAGCUCACUGUUGAUGAAAAAACUCGAAAUAGCCAACCAGUUUAAUUUGUGUGGUUUGAAGGUGAUAGAUUGAAGAAUUGGUUGAGUGUCAGAUGAAUGCUUGCAGUAUUUAGUCAUGUUUUGAGUUCAAAUCCUGCUGAGGUCAACUUUGCCUUUUAUUCUUCAGGGAGUCGAUAAAAUAUGUACCAGUCAAGUUUGGUGUGGUUUUUUUGUCUGUUUUAGAUAUCUAUAUUUAUAUAGUUUGGAGUGAAAAAGGAAAAUUUGAAAUAAGUGGUAAAAACAAAUUCAACAAAGAGUCUUGUGUGUAUGUGUUUAUAUGUAUUUGGUUAAGGAGGUAUGGUUAAGACGUUCACUUCUCAACCACAUGGUUCUUGAUUUGGUGUCAUUGAGUAGCACUUCUUUAAGUGCCUUUUUUGCAUAGCAUCAGUUUGCUAAAUGUUCUGUGAAGAGUUCUUUAAAUGGCAACAGUCUGGAAGCCUCUUGUGUGUGUGUGCACACGGGCACGACAUUGAGAAGUUUGUUUUCCAAGUACUUGGUUUUGUAUUCAGUCCAACAUCAUGGCACCUUGGGCCAGUGUCUUUUACUGUAGCCCCUGAACUGACCAGAUAUAUGUGUCGACUUGUCUUGACAUCACAUGACAGUUGUAAAUGACCAUCACCAUCUUACCCGCAAUGUCCUUCAUUUUCAGUCUUCAGUGAAAAUGUGUCUUGCCAUGGAGAAACAUUACCUCACAAGGUGUUGCUGAAAGGAAGGAUGUGGCUUUAAAAAAUCUGCCUCAACAAAUUCCAUCUCAUCUAUACAAGCAUGGAAAAGUGGAAAUUAAACAAUGAUAAUGGUCAUGGUACAUAUAUUAUUGGGAAGAUUGGAAAACUCAGUGUUUUGCUGUUUCAUCUCAGACAGAACUCUUCAGAUUGAGGAUUAACACAUAGGAUAAAACACUGAAGAUUUCUAUAGUCAGGAUAAAAUUGUUAUAUUAAAAAUGUUUUGGGCAGUUUCUCUAAUUGAAACAGUUGUGCAAGCUACAAUAUACAUGUGUGUAUGUGUGUGUUCAUUUCUUUCAAAUUCAUUUUUCUAUGUUAGUCUUGGUUAGACAGGGAAGUAUUUAAAGCAGCAUUUUUAGAGUUGGAUGCACUUUCUCUCACCAGCCCUUACCUGUUUUUAAAGGAAGGGCCUUUUUUUUUCUACAGGAAUUUGAAAGUGCAAAGCUAGGAGACAAUUUUUAACAGGAAAUGUCACCCAUUGCAGCCCAACUAUAAAUGGUGAUAUCACUGUUUGUAGAGUGACUUUUCAGCACAGAUUGUCAGUAUUCACACUAAUGUGUGUAUAUAUAUAUAUAUACAUAUAUAUGAGAGGAAGGUCGUUCAGCUACAGAAAUCAUGCCAAAGUAGAAAAUUGAGCAUGAUGCAGUCCAUGGACACACUAGGUUCUGUCAAACCAUCCAACACAAGCCAACAUUGAACAAAGACAUUAAAUAAUAAUGAUAAUGAUAGGAUGCUCCUACUGCUGUUGGCAACAAAGGUUUUGUCUGUCAGAAUGAAGGGUAGAUUAUAUGAUGCUACCUGGUAACAAGACAUGGGUCUUGAAUGCAGCAUGCUCCAUUAGAUGUGCAAUGUGUGCAUGAAUGUAACAGUAUAAAUGUGCGGAGAGAAAAACUGAGGAAUCAUGUUGUGUGCAAGUAAGGACAUGUGAUUUGUAUGGAUGAGGACAGCAAGUACCAUUCACUUAAUGUGGAUGGAACUUGGUGAAGAGAAAGACCUAGGAGGCAUGAGCUGAAGUUGUAAAUGUUGAUCUCAGGACCUUGAGCCUCAACAGAAGAAAUGACACAGGACUUGGAUGACGGGCAAUAUGCAGUUCUCAAGAAGGCUCACUCAGCAACAUUGAGCUUCUGGAAGCACUGUGUGUUCAUAUAUAUGCACAACUGGGCCAUUCAUCCUGUUUUCUCUUCAAGACACACCUACCACCCAUUUCUCUAGUUGUAGCUUUUCCUUGAUACCACUUAUCUUUCUCACUACUCAGAACCAUUUCAUUUGAUAUCCAUCCUUCAUCCUUAAUACUGUCCUCUCUACUCACAUUUUACACUGAACCACCACCAAUCACACACACACACGUGUGUGUGUGUAUAUAUAUAUAUAUGUACGUAAGCUCGCAAGGAAUGAAGCCAGUAUGCUCCG